AUGGCACAACCGAGUAUGUCGCUGACACUGAAAAGACUUGAAUCAGAUGAUGCCUCUCGAAGCUUACAAGAUAUGGAUCCAUUAAAUGACAGUUCCAAUGACAAUAAUAUCCUUGGCAUUGAUGAACCACUUAAACUAAAGUCAAAGAAAAGGAUUGCAAAGGUUGAUAACGAGAGGGUCUUGAAUAAACCACAAGGUUUACCGUACUUGAUUAAGAACCACCACAGACUUGGCAGGAUUGUAGAGCAACGCGAUAAGAAGUUUGCAAAACAAGAACUGAGGAAACUUCAAAGUAUACACCACAGCUACAAGACGCCUCGCCAGCUCAAGUAUGAUCACGAGGUUGAAACUUUAGGCUCAAUCCUACAUUUUUACCAACUUUGGUGCCAUGGUAUGUUUCCCAAAGCAAAUUUUAAAGACUGUGCUUAUUUGGUGAGAAAUUUGGGCCAUCGAUCGUCACAAUUGAGGUUAUAUAGGCGUGAAUUAAUUGAAAAGGAGAUUUUUAAGUUGAAAGUAUCGAAAGGAAUUAUUGAUGAAAGUUCAGAAGUUGCAACACGCGAAUCAGAGAGUGAUGGAUUCACGAAUACAAGAUCGGGUAAUAACGACGAUAGCGGCGAUAUUUUUGUUAGUACCGGUGACAAUGUCUAUCAAAACCAAAUGGAAUUUUCCGGUGCACAAGGUCAAGAGUUGCCGAGUCAUACCUUGUCAGAGCAAGCAACAGAACAAAUGGAAAGGAAUGAUGCUGCAGUCUCUGCAGUUGCUGCUGCUGAUGAUGAAUAUGACGACGACUGGAGUUUCAUGAACCUAGAGCUGGGAAUAGAUGCCGCACCAGCACCACCCUCAUCAUCAUCAUCAUCAUCAUUACCGUUAUCGAAAUCAUCUAAUGGGCUUUUGAAUGGCUCAGAUAAGAACAAUGCAGAAACUGGUACUGCUAACAGAGAACAAUAUAACAACUUUGAUUAUGAAAACGAAAUCCAAAACGAAAACGAAAACGAAAACGAAAAUGAGGAUGAUAUCGAUCUUGCUAUGGAGCUAAUGAGGGAACAUGAUAAUAUUUGA